GGGUGGCGGUCUCUUCGUCGGAAAGUCCGGCCCGCCCAUUUUCUACGUUUACGCGGGCAACGCGGGCGUCGCGGGGUCGAACAAGACAGAGGUCCAGAAGUCGCUAGAUAACACCCGCGAGAUCCUAUAUGCUAACAAGAUGCAGUGUCAUGAAUUUCAGGAGGCGGGGCAAGUACGGGAGGCCGUAGGAAUCGAUUUCAAUUGGGCGCUGGGAUGUUUCAGACCUUCGGGGAAGCGCGACUGGAAGAUUCGUCCUUGUCUUGAGGCGUUUCUGGAGUGUCCUGAGGUCUCGGGCAAUGGACUGGAG